AUGUGUUCAUCAACUUCACCAAUUCUAUUCUGGGGUUAUUGGGCCAAUAUUGUCUAUAUCAUUGGUAUGAUAGGAUAUUUAACAAUUGAUAUCAUUAGUUAUACUUCUACGAAAUUUGACAAUGCACUUUCGUUUCUUAUUUACUUAUUACUUGCUAUUCUAUUUGUUCUUGAUGCUAGUUUAUAUACAGUUGAUUGGUAUGUUUACGCCAUGAAAUUUCCAGCAUCAGAAGGUCAAAAAUCUAUUCAAUAUCCUUCCGAGUUUUUUGCCUGUAUUUUUCAAAAUCUUGGCAGUUAUUUCUAUCUCUUUGGUGCUGUACUCUCUUGUGAUAAAACACGAUGGAUAAAUCAUAUUUUCUUACUUAAUUUCCUUGGUAUUCUGUGUUUUCUAAUUGAAUCCAUUCUUGUCCUACUCGGUUGGUUCAUUAUCUUUGGAAAGAAACUCUCCCACUAUUCAAAAGACCGUUGCACUUUUCGAAAUCUCUAUGUAUGGGCACAUGCGUUCAAUAUUCUUGGUAAUCUCGUUUAUCUAUGUGCAAUUCUAUUCGCUUACAAUUGUUAUAGAAACUAUAAAAUUCUCAAUUCGGAUACUGCACUUUUGAUACAAAUCUUGGGUGAUUUGGUGUAUUUAUUCGAUGCUUAUCUUUAUCAUGAAUGUUGGAAACGUGAUGCUGAGAUAUUUGACAUCCAUACGGAACAAUGUGCUGAGAAAAAAUUCGAAGGAAAAGUCUGA